AUUAUAAUCCACAAAGGCUGCGUCUACUAUUUCAAGAGCAGUACUUCUGCUGUGCCACAAGGUGCAUUCUCACUCAGUGGCUAUAACAGAACACUAAUGGAAAUGUUUAGAAGAAUAUCUCAGAUCUGUUGGUCCAUACAAUGCAAGUGAAUGGGGUCCAAAACUUUGUAGCUUUAAAAAGCACAUAAAGGAAGCAUAACAUAAUCCAUAACACUCUAGUGUUUUAAUACUUGUCUUCUGAAGCAAUCCAAUCAGUUUUGGUUGUGAACAAAUUUCAAGCUCGAGCACCAUCUAGAACUCUGAGCAUGCAUCAAGCACUAGGAAGUGUAAUCAAGCUUAAAAUCAUGAUCGACAAGGAGACUGCAGAUGUCAAGAUUUAUAGUGAAAAUUAAGUUACAUUUUGGCCUGUUCACACCCAAAACCGAUUGGAUCACUUCAGAAGACAUGGAUUAAACCACUGGAGCCUUAUGGAUUACUUUUAUGCUGCUUUUAUAUGCUUUUUGGAGCUCAAAAGUGCUAGAACCAGAAAUGAAAGUUCUGUCAUCAUUUAAACACCUCAUGUUGUUUUAAACCCAUAUGACAUUCUUCAUAGGGAGAAUGUUUGGGACCGACAGCUUCAGUCACCAUUCACUUUCAUUGUAUGAAAAACACAAAAUUGCAAUGCAAGUGACUGAUGGCUGAGGCGGUAAUUCUCUAACAUUCUGCCAAACAUCUCUGUUUGGAAAAGGUUGGAAAAACAUGAAGGUGAGUAAAUGAUAGAAUUUCAUUUUGGGGUGAUCUAUCCCUUUAAAUGUUCUGUUUAAUGUGUUGCAGUAUAUUCCAUGGAGUUAAAGGGAUGGAAAUUGUUUAGGGGCCUGGUGUAGUUCUCCGAGCAGGUUCAAUGUGCCAUGGGCUAGUCUUACGCGCAGCAGAGGAGACAACAUCUAGCAAUGUUUUCCCUUUCAAGAUUGUCCACUUCAGUAAAAGACACAGAACGUGGUAUUUCUCAGCAGCGAGUGAGGAUGAGAGAAAGAAAUGGAUGCGACACUUACGAAAAGAAAUAGACCAUUUUAAUGAUAAAAGAGAAUCGCACAUAUCAAGUGAUGACUUAGAUGAAUACGACCGAAUAGAAGAACAUCUGGAAAUCAGUCAUAAUGAAGAUGACUAUGAAUCAGAUUAUUUGUCACAAGAUGAAGACAGUGAUGAAGAGGACUGCAUCAAACAAGACGAAUCUCCAGUGUUUCCAGGUCGACCGCUAGUUCCACCCCCAUCUUACCCACCACCCCCUGUCCCUUACCUGCCUAGAGACAACCGCCACACCAAGGGCCCGCUACCUCCACUUCCUCCUCCAUUUAAAAAACCUUCUUCAUGCUCGACCAGAAACAAUGGACCUCCACCACUACCACCCGCCCCACAUCUACAGAAACCAGACAUGCAUCAGCAGACCAGAAGCCCCGUGAAUCCAGUGCCACCUCCACUGGCCCGUACAAAACCUCCAUUGAGCUCCUUUUCCACAAUGCCCAGUUGUGAGAAGAAGCCCAAUACCUCUCUCAUGGGGAAUAUGGCAGCUACUUUACCAAUCGUUGAGAACUUGCAGAAAGUGCUUUUGAACACUGGAAAUAAGCCACCCAUUUCUAGUCACCACCUAGUGGCCAGGCCCACCCCAGGUCACAGGCAAGUUUCACCACACGUGUCUACUCCUCUGGAUCACAAAACUCCUGGCCAGAUACCGAAGCCUCCAUUACCAACCAAACCCACACACAGUAGACCCAUACUCCAAAGAGCAUCACCAGAUGGACAGAGUUUUCGUUCCUCUGUGGAAGAGAACCCUUUGAAAAAACAAGUGCAGGGGAUAAAUAGCAAAGACUCAGACGAUGAUGAUUAUGAAAAUGUACAAUUGCCUCCCUCUGUCUUUGUGGACACGACAGAUACCAAUAAUGUUGAGAGAUUAUUUAAAGAGACAUACUGCUCCCCUCCGAAUGGUCUCUACUGCAUCCGAAAAUCAGGAACAGGGAAAACAUCAGAGGUGCUAGUUGUUUGGGACACGGGUAUAAACAAAGCCAGAAACUACAGAUUAUUUGAGGAGGAGCAGAAGAUUUACCUGGAGACAGAAAUAGCUUUCCCUUCUUUGGCCGCACUGGUUGAGCACUACUAUAUUUACCCACUGCCUAGCAGCACCACCUCUCUGCCCAACCACUCCUUGUGCUUACAGGUGCCUUACGGCUACAGUCCACCCAGGUGACAUCGGCCCCCUUACCUGUGCUCUGAAACACCAACCUGCCCUGCGCAUUCCAUGCUCAAACUAAUCUUUGGUUCUUUGACCUGCUUGAGUCUGCUGCAGACACUGCUGGUUAUAAAUACUCAUUACACCUGAGUGGACACUGAUGAAAGAACUUGAUGCAUCACAUGAGGAUGAAUCAUUGGUUUAAUACAAUUACAUCCAUAUGGAAAUCAGGUUGAGGUCAUAACGUAUUGAUAGUAAGUCUAAGGAAUAUUCAGGUGCCCAACCACUUGAACUGCAUUGAGUCAGUACAUAUACAUGUACAGUAUGUGUGUUGUACAUAGACAUGGUGAAUCUUAUGAAAUGUGUCAAGAGCAUGCCCAGGUCAUAUUUUAUCCCAAAAUCAGAAGAAAUAAGAAAUUAGAAAAUCAAACCGAUUUUAUGGACCAUUUAGAUUGAUUGCAUUGUAACAGUGAGCACGUUUAUGUGCACGAUUUUAUACCGAUUAUGCUUAAUCAGUAAGAAUGUGUGUUUACAUGUAAAUGCAUUAAACGGCUUUCCUUUAUCAGUGUAAGGCCAUAAACGGGGUAAGAAUAAACCAAACAACACAGGUAGAUUUUUGCCCAUUAUGCCGAUUUCGUGUUGAAUGUAAACACUUUUACUUGCGUUUUUACCGGUUUAUCCAAUGUAUGCAAGUGCUGUGCGCAUGCCUCUUCACGGUUUGACAUUAAAAGCAGAGAAUAACAUCAUUUCAAAUCUCAUGUAAACGCGGUUUUCUUGCUUUGUCUGCUUUUUAGCGAAUUUUUGGGAGUUCCAAUAAUAAGUCAACACAGCGGAAAGAGUUCAACAUUUCUGUGAGUACAGUGGGAAGAGCACAUACACUAUAAACUAUACCCAUUUAUACACACCAAUGUAAAAUAUGGACGGUCCCUCACGUUCGUGAAUAUGCACCUCAAGUACACUGGGGGAAUCCCAGAGUUUGACAUAAGAGGAAAACCCACUAAUCGCAGCACAAUUCAGUUGCAGGAUGCGAUAGAAAGUUAAGGAAACAAACACUGCAAAAACUCUAGAAUAUCUGGAAAUAAAGCGAAGCAACAGAGAAUAAAAUAGCAAAGUCUUCCUCAGAUGCCUUGUUCAUUAUUUACAUAAGUAUCACAGGGAAAUUACAUUGCUGUGGAGAAAGCUGUUUACUGACCGAGCCGCAUGUAUACAGGAGUAAAGAGUACGCCGCUUAUACAGUGCAUGUAAACGGGAAUGCCACUUUUUCUUAAAAAAUCUGACAACAUGUGCACAACACUUGCACACAGUGCAUAAGCCAGUAAUAAUCCCAGAUAAUUUGUUAAAAUGCAACGUGAAAUAGGCAUAAUGGGCAAUAAUCUCCCCUUGUUGAUGUGAGAAGGGGGUAACAUACUGUACUGAGCGCAUUUAAAUGCACAUUCUUACACCAAUUAUCCUUAAUAAGCCAAUAACGUGUAUAAAUGACUUUGCUUUAUCGGUGUAAGGUAAUAAACGGAGUAAGAAUAAUGAGAAUUUGGAGAGGGGAAAAAUGUGCCUACAUGUCAGGAAAAUAAUGUCAUAACACAAUAAAAAGGUCCUAAAAAUAAGUUUCUUUUUCCUCAAAGUGUUUUCAUUCCUUUCACACAAAAUUUUUUUUUUUUUAUUGAUUUUGGGGUGCAAUGUGACCCAGAAAUGGUUCUGAGAGAUUUGCCUGACUGUAUGAGAACUUCCUGUUGCAAAACACAGUUUUUCACAAUCUUUAUAAGUAUGUGAUGGUUAUGUCAGUCAUCUUUAUGUCAUGCAAUCUGAAUAAUCAAGGAACCACAGAAUGAUACAUCACUGAAAUAUAACUUUGCUGAUUGCAUUGUUAAUAUUAAGGAUGGUUGCUUUUAACACCAGCAUAAAAAAGCCUCAUGAAUGUUACUGCAAUAUUUCAAUCCUGUAUAUUGCUGAUAUUGUAUAGAGUGUAUUAUAUAAAUCAUUUAAUAACUGGAUGUCAUGUCACUUUUCUACUUUUAACACUGUGCAUUCCUGCGAGAGGAAUUACAAACUUUCAUAACACAUUGAAAAUAAAAUAAACUUUUGUAUAUCACU